AUGCCAUCUCCGUUUCUUAGUUGCCUCCUCUGCUUGCGGAGGGAAAGGGAGAAGGUUAAGGUGCCUCCAUUUGCCCUCAACCGCGGUGGCAAGUCUCCUGCAUCCUCGUCGGAUAGUGAUUUUCAGGUCCAAUCCAGGGAAAAUCUGAAAGACAGAAACAUCAAAUCUGGGCCUGAGACGACGACCACAGUAUUGGAAAUACCCGACAGACUCGAUCACAAUCACAAUCACAAUACACUACCGAAGUGGAAUCCAGCCCUCGUUGUGGAGCGGGAGGGCAAAGGCGACGGGAAAGGGAAAAACACUUACCGUAUCAUCGAGAAUUAUCCAUAUCCGACAUUGGAGUCUGACGACGAGGUCAUCAUCUCGAAUCGUGCCGUGGGAUUAAAUCCCAUCGAUUGGAAAAGCGUCGACUUCAACUUCUGCUUACCGGAGUUCCCGUGGAUUACGGGGCGGGAGAUGGCUGGUGUUGUAGACGCGAUUGGAGCGAAUGUUAAGGACUUCAAAGUCGGAGACCGGGUGUGGACCAGCACAUACUACCGAGAUCGAAGAGCAGGUUGUUUCCAGCACUAUGUCACCGUUCCACAACACACUGUCAAUCAUGUCCCUGACAACCUCGACUUUGCAUCGGCAGCAUGUCUCGGAGUCGCCGGUCUUACAGCGGCCAUGACUCUAUGGAAAUGGCUGGAGGUAGCAGUUCCGCCACCAUGCCCACCACAAUCACAAUCACAACCAGCAACAGGAACAGUAACAACAACACUGUCACUCAGAACCAGCGCCACCAGCACCACCCCUUUCACAGAGCCCCCUGGCGAAGCUGCCGAUUUCCUCCUCAUCUGGGGCGGAUCGGCUGUGACGGCACAGUUCGCGAUCCAGAUUGCCGUCUUGAGCGGACUGCAAGUCAUUGCAGUCGCGUCGGAGAAAACCAAGUCCCUCGUGUCCGGCUUAGGAGCGACUCAUGUGGUGACGCGUGAUGGCAAGACGAACAGUGAAAUCGUGGCCGAAGUUCGCCGAGUAGGAGGCGACAGCAUCACCCGUGGCCUGGACUUGGUCGGCACCGAAACUGCAACCUACUGUCUCCAGGCCAUGUCGCAGACCAGGCCGAGCUUGUUUGCACCCUUGGCCAUGAUCCCGAGCAAGGCGGUGAUCCCGGACAAUAUCAGAGUACAGACGGUCGAAAUGAAGCAAUUCGUCCUCAAUCCGGACUGCGGAGUCUACGCCAGGCAGCUGAAUCAUCUGGUAUGCGACGGAUUGCUGGUCAUGCCCAGCACGCAUGUUUUGGACGGCGGUCUCAAGAGCAUUCAGGCCGGUCUGGACCGAUUGAAAAGCGGUGACAUGGCCGGAAAGAAAUUAGUAGUGAGCAUGACGAUGUAA